AUGAAGGACGUGGAGCGUUUCGUCGAAGAGCAAACAUCGGAGACGACUUGCGCAAAUAUCGCGGAAGGAGCGGUGGACGCGUUCAACCGCUUUUGCGCGGAAUUCGACAUCUCCAGCAAGACUCCAGAGUUCCCCGAGUGCGGAUCGAACGAAGAAAUAGUCGAGUGGGCCAGAACAGCGAAACGCAUCUUCGACGAAAAUAACGCUAAAAUGAAAGGUUACAAAGAGUCGCUGAUGACAAUGUCCCGCUGGACACUGCAGGGAACGUACAACUACCUAACGCACGAGUCCGCGCUCAAGAAAAUCGCAGCUGUCGCCAACUUCGACCACUUCCAAGGCAAUACCCUAGUCACAGUCUUGGAUAACGGCAAGCUGCGAGGCUUCACGAUGAAUAACGGGACAGUACAGAAAACUCAGCGGCUACCAGGAUUCAUGCGCGGGUGGAAGGUACUCACAGGUGGACGAUCGAACGUGGAUUACCGGAAAGGAGGAUUCGUGUCGGAAUCAGGAAACGGAUUCAAACGCCCGAAUCCAAGCGAGAAGUACGACGAGCCCAGAGCGAAACGACGAUGGGGAAAUGGCUACGGCCAGCGCCGGUGGAAUAUGCGAUCCCGGGCCCAGAGGACCAAGGAUCGAGUCGAGGGAAGCCGAGAGCUUGCCCUCCGGAAAGGCCAUUACCUGGCUGACCUUCGCUGCGCCCGAGCAACGCUCAGACGCCGCAGAGGUCCAGCGAGGUUCGUCUUGGUUCAAGCCUACGCCGGAGCAGCACGAAUUUCAUCUUCCCUGUCUUUCGGUGAACCAAAAAACACCACCGCUAUUCUGCCAUGCACAAGAAAAUCAUUCGAUGACCGCUUGUAUCAGUUUCCAACUACUCCAAAUCAAUGUGGUGUGAAAUCCGGCUGGAAUGCGGAGAUGCGCUCACUUUCAGAAGAAGAUAUUAUGCUUAUCCAAUGCACUGGAUGGAAUCAUAAUGAUCUUUAUCAAGCAAUGAUUUGGGUAGAAGUACAAGUGAAUAGAAAUUACUCGGACCAAAAAUGUAAAUCAAUCUGCUGGUACAUUGUUCUAUUCUUUUUGCUCGGCGGCAUCUUCGGCACCAUUAUGGAAGAAUUGAGUGCGUAA